AUGGGAGAACGAUGGAUGGCCUACAGCGUCCACAGGAAGAUCCUGGAUGAAGGGGCUGUGGGUGAUAUGGCAGGAAAGUCUGAGUCAAAAACACAGACUCUAUCAGAGAAAGUCAAAAAGUCAAUGAGGUGCUCUGCUCCCCGGCUGAAGAAAUUCCUGCUGAGUAGCAUUCCUCUCUUAUCGUGGCUGCCUCGUUACCCCAUCAGAGAAUACGCCAUUGGUGACCUGAUCGCUGGGAUCAGUGUGGGGAUCAUGCAUAUACCAUUUGGUAUGGGCGUUGCCUUGGUGACAUCUGUUCCUCCAAUCUUUGGCCUUUAUUCGUGCUUCUACCCCGUCCUUAUUUACUUUAUCUUUGGCACAUCCAGGCACAUCUCCAUGGGACCAUAUACAGUGGUAGGUGUGAUGAUAGGAGGAGUUGCAGAUCGACUAAUCCUAAACUCAGACUUUAUGAUAUGGGACAAUGUGACCAACUCCAGCAUAGUUGACACCAUGUCUCGAGAUGCAGCGAGGGUCCAAGUGGCUGCAGCUGUCACCUUCCUAUCUGGAGUAUUUCAGAUUUUUCUCGGUCUGGCCCAGUUUGGUUUCCUGGUGACGUACCUGUCUGAGCCUCUGGUCCGAGGUUACACUACUGGAACUGCUUUUCACAUCAUUGUUUCCCAGCUCAAAUACAUCUUUGGCAUCAACCUCGUGGGACACAGUGGACCAUUGUCAUUGAUAUAUAAUUUAUUGGAGGUGUGGUAUCUCAUUCUAGAAACCAACAUUGGUACUUUGGUGGUUAGUGUUGUCACCUUAGUCUGCCUUGUCGUCGCUAAGGAGCUCAAUGCAUGCUUGAGUCAAAAACUACCUGUUCCUAUACCUAUGGAGCUGCUCGCUUUGAUUAUAGGCACAGUCGUUUCCUGGCAAGUAAACUUGGAGGAGAAUUAUGGAGUAGACGUGGUGGGACUCAUUCCCUCAGGUCUCCAGCCCCCGGUUUUCCCAGACAUCUCUCUGUUUGGUCAGGUGAUAGGGGACGCCUUUGCUGUGUCUGUGGUUGGCUACGGCAUAGUCAUCUCACUAGGACGAAUAUUCGCCCUGAAAUAUGGAUACAAGGUGGACAGCAACCAGGAACUAAUCGCCCUGGGUCUGAGUAACUCUUUCGGAGGAAUUUUCCAGUGUUUGUCCAUCAGCACCUCCAUUUCUCGAAGUGAGAUUCAGGAACGUGCAGGAGGGAAAACUCAGGUUGCUGGAGCACUAUCAGCAAUCAUUUCCUUUGUUAUCAUGCUUUGGAUUGGGGCUCUCUUUAAAGAUCUGCCUAAGGCAGUGCUGGCUGCCAUCACCUAUGUCACCCUCCUUGGCAUGUUGAAGCAGUUCCUGGGCAUCCCUGUACUGUGGAGAAAAAACAAAAUAGAUGCAGUCAUCUGGGUGGCCACCUUCAUCUUCACCUUGUUGUUGAACUCUGACAUGGGACUAGCUGCAAGCAUCGGCUUCUCCAUGCUCACUGUCAUCUUCAGGACACAGCUCCCUAAGUAUUCCCUACUGGGGCAGAUCCCAGGCACUGACAUUUACAGGCCACUGGAGGAGUACUCUCAGGUGAGGCAGGUGCAAGGGAUUUUAAUCUUCCGUUCCUCUGCUACACUCUACUUUGCUAAUGCUGAGAUGUAUCAAGAUGCCCUGGGAAAGAAGUCGGACAUUGAUAUUGCCAAGAUCCUGUCAGCAAAGAAGAAACUUAAGGCCAAAAGGGAGAGGAUUGAGAAGGAAAAUGCCAAGAAAGCCAAGAAGAACGGGGUAAACAUGGGGUCAGAGCACAAGGACAUUGCUGUCAUUAAAAUGGAUGUUAAGCAUGAGCCGUCAUAUCCACAAGCCAUCGUUCUUGACCUCAGCCCCGUCAACUUCCUGGAUACUAUGGGAAUCAAGGCGCUACAAAAUAUCCAAAGAGACUAUGGAGAAAUUGGUAUCGAGGUGGUUCUUGCUGGCUGCCAAACUGGUGUGGUGGAUAACCUGCAGACCGGAGGUUUCUUCAAUGACAAAAUGACAAAGUCCUGUCUGUUCUCCACCAUCCAUGAUGCCGUUUUGUUCUGUCAGUCGGACAGAAUGGAAGAUGAGUCAAAGUACCCCACUCCUCUUCAGCUCUCCAGCGCCCCCACCAGGCCAAUCACCCGAAACCCCACGCCGUGCACCCCUUUUCGUGGGAGACAGAAUGAAGAAGAUGAAGAAGAUUCAUGUUCAAGCUUUAGCUCCGAGGUUACAUCUCCUCCUCUGCCGGUCCUCCAGGGCAAUGCAGGUGCAGGAGGUCGGGGGGUGCGGGCGAGGCGGAGGGUGUUGCCCCAGCGCCGGGUGCCUCGUCCUCCUCGCCUCCCACCGCUGCGUCCAGUCACCAAUCUCAGCUUCUCUCGGAGCUUCACCUUCUCUUUCUUCGAGCUGCCGCUGCACCAGUCGCCUCGCUGCCGGGCCGAACGCGUCAGAAACCUCAUGCUGCUUUUGAGACAGAUUCACUACUGA